AUGAAUACUUCCUUCAAGGGAGUAUCUCCCUUCCUGUCAGAAAUGGAAAGUGCCAUUGAUUGGCUUGGAGAAAAUGUCACUUGGGUUCCAUCAAUCGAGGAUCAAAGCUGCAAUUACACAACCCAGAAUGGAACCAAUAUCUCCAGUACAGAAUCGGGAGGGCCGAAAGGAACUGUGAGUAAAUGGAUAGGAGGCAAUCCCCACAUCAUGGCAAAGAUCGUGCUGACAUUUGCAUAUGCUGUCAUCAUAGUGAUAUCUCUCUUUGGCAACUCCCUGGUAUGCCAAGUUUUUGUCAAGCACAAGGAAAUCAAGAAAUCAACAGGCCUUCUCAUCUUCAAUCUGGCAAUAUCUGACAUUUUGAUAAUCCUGCUCAACAGUCCGUUUGCUCUGGCUCGUUUCCUGAGUGGACAGUGGGUUUUUGGUAGGAUCAUGUGCCAUGUCAGUCGGUUUGCUCAGUACUGCUCCCUGCAUGUCUCAACUCUUACACUGAUGGCAGUUGCUAUGGACCGGCACCGGGUAAUUCUGCACCCAAUGAAACCAAGGCUGACUCACACCCAAAGCCUAAUUGUUGUUGGCGUGAUCUGGAGUAUUGCAGUGUUCCUUGCUCUGCCGCAUGCAAUUUACCAAAAUGUGGUCACUCUCGUCAACAUGGAUGGUGAUACUAGGAGCUACUGCCUCCCUUCCUUUCCUGGACCCAGCGUACUGGUUUCGAAGUAUGUCGACCUUGGGACAUUUGUCUUGUUGUAUAUCCUGCCACUUCUGGUGAUUGUUGUAACCUAUUCUCACCUAGGAAAGAGGUUGUGGAUUCAAAAUGCUAUUGGUGAUGCAUCUGCUCGUCAACUUAUGGCACACUACCAGAAGCGCAAGAAGAGCAUCAGGAUGCUGAUACUUAUUGUAUUGGUCUUUGCUGUUUGUUGGUUUCCACUUAACUUCUAUGUGGUUCUUAUUUCCAGUGCAGGUGUAGAAAACGACAGUGUGCUUUUCUAUGCCUUUCAUUGGUUUGCAAUGAGCAGCACCUGCUACAAUCCUUUCAUCUACUGUUGGCUCAACAGGAGCUUCCGUGCCAAACUAAGAUCCAUAUCAUCUAUGAGGAUGCAAACACUGUUUGUGUGUAGUAACUCCCAGGUUCAGCAAAUACAACCACGGGAGAGUCAUGAGCUUAGGGAGCUGCAGACAUCUUCACUGCUACGAGUUCCCCUGGCUGUUCCAGAACCCCAGGUUUUAGAGGAUCCCAGUUUGGCUACAGGGGAUAAUUCCCAGGUCUCUGUCCAAGGGGAGUGGGAAGAUCCAGAUCCCUCUCUAGAUGAAGAACCAGGGCCCUCAACCAAGGAUACUUACUUUUGCAUCCACGUGCAGACUAGCAGUCACUAA